CCCAAGUCAAAGCGCUACUCAGUAUUUCUGCGACCUUAGGUUCCCACAUGUCCUGCUUUCUAAAGCAGCUAAUAUCAAAUCGGUGACGAGCUGUCAUUUGCUUUAGAGCUGAUAAACAUUCACAUUAGGAAGCUGCAGCUCCACAAGUGGGAUGAAACUGGAACUGUCUCGAGUGAUACAGGGAUGUCGCCUGGGAGUUUUGACUGGACUGGGAAAAUCAGGGCAGCAUUCACUAGAGGUGCCCGGCUGUCUCCUGUACACUUGCUGUGCGACUGUUCCCCAUCUGACCCAGGACACAUUACACACUUUGAGAGACCUGCCAUCAGUCACACAAGUGUCAGUGGAUAGCCUUGCAGAGCAUCAGGAGGUUCUGGAAGAAUUCAAAGAGGGUAUCAGAAAGUUUGCUGGUCUUCAUGAUACUGUGCUUUUCUGCUCUCUGCAUGAUUCUGCAAACACCAGCCCCGCCGGUCACGUCACCAACAAGACAGUGUCGGUGUGGGGCAGCGGUGGAAGGAUAGAGCUGACGGUGGCUCGGUUCAUGGCAAUUCAGGCAGCUAUCCAGCCGGACUGCUAUCAGAGCAUGGCAGACGGAGAGACCUGGCAAGCCAAUACCUCUCGCAAGAGAGUCCGCAAAGCAGUGGACAGGACUCUGGCCCAUCUGGAUGAAUGUUUGGUGUUGCACCAGAAAACUCAGGAAUUAAAACAGGCUGAGAUAUUUGGGGUUCUGGAGGGGGGGGACAUAAUGGAGGAGAGGCUCCGUUCGGCACGAGAGACUGCUAAGCGUCCUGUGGGCGGAUUUGUCCUGGAUGGAUUUCAUUCUGCUGCCAUGGACCAGGAUGUGAGGGCUCAGCUGAUUAAAGCGACAUCUGCAGAGCUUCCCGAGGAAAAACCUAGGUUGCUUUUAGGGGUUGGCCGUCCUGAUGAGGUCAUCAGCUGUGUUGAAGCAGGAGUCGACCUGUUUGAGAGCUUCUUCCCCUUCCAGGUGACGGAGCGAGGCUGCGCGCUCUCGUUCAACUACACCAUUGAUCCUGACCCUGAGACGGCAGGUACAUCAACCCCUACAGUGUUGGAACUGAAUGGAGAGACGCCUGAUGUCAGGAAGCCGAACUCAAAUGGAGAUGAAAAUAUGACGCCUUUUGAAAUGAACCUCAAAGAUAAAAGGUAUCAAGAUGAUUUCCGCCCACUUGUGGAGGGCUGCGGCUGCUACUGCUGUAAAAAGCAUAUGAGAGCGUAUGUUCAUCAUUUACUGGUGACCAACGAGCUGCUCGGUGGUGUUUUACUCAUGCUACACAACAUGGCACAUUACCUUGGCUUCUUCAAAGCGCUGCGGGAGGCGAUAGCCGGCGACCGUCUGCUGGACUUUAAAAAUAGAGUGCUUUAUUGCAGAGAAGGUGAUUGAAAUGAUUGAAGGACUUCAGGCAAAAAGAAUGAACAAAAGAACACCUACAUCAGAGCAUACUUAUGGCUUUGAUUUCAGAGUAUGUGUUUCAUGAAUAUAAAGUGCUCUGAUGCAUGUGCUCUUGCCAUGCAAAAUAUCAGAUGAAGUGUUAAUGUGAAUGACACAGCAAACCUUUUAAGAUUCCCAUGUCUCGUCUCAGAGUUCACUUAUGGAUUUUAAAUUUGCCGUCUGCUGCAUCAAGUGAAGAGUUUCACUUAGAAAGAGCAUAAAUAAUGGGGAAAUAACCUUUUUAAAGAGCAGCGCUUGCUCAGAUUCUCUCUGUGAAGCCCUGAAAAAUUGCCACCUGCUGUUUUUCUCAGCACAUAUUUUUCUGACUAGUUAUACAUUUAUUAUUGGAAAGUUCUGCAUUUUUAUUUCUUCCCUACAAUAAUGGUAUUGUAUAAUAUUUAUUUUGGAAAUUGUUUAGAUUAAAUUAACAUUUUUAUUUUAACAUAAAAUUUUAGACGUUUAUUUCGUUAAACCACAAUGCCAAUCUAGCUUUUUAACUUUCUUUGUAUUCAUUUUUCUGAUCUUCACAUUCCUAUUCAUUUUUUUAAAUUUUACAAUAAAUGCACAAUGGAGUGACUAUAAUCACUUUAGCUGUGACUAUAUUUACAAUAUAGCAUCUACACUGUAAAAAACAAUUUGUUGAGUCAACUUAAAAUAAUUUGUAACCUGGCUGCCUUAAAAUUUUAAAUUCAGUCAACUCAACAGUUUAUUCAACUUGAAAUGUUUAAUUAUACUAAGUGACAACUUAUAUAUUUGAGUUGAAUCAACUUCAAAUUUUAAGGCAGCUGGGUUACUUACCCAUCUGUUAAGUUUAGCAAACACAAAUAUCUAAGUUGUUACUUAGUGCAACUUAAUAUGUCAAGUUGAACAAACUUAUUUUAGUUGACUGAACUUACAGUUUUAAGACAGCAGGGUAACAAAUUAUUUUAAGCUGACUCAACAAAUUGUGUUUUUUUUAUUUUUUACAGUGUAGUGCCUUUUGCUCUUACAAAACUUUAUAUUGUAGCACAGAUAAAAUGCUGUGGUGACCAGUCAGCUUCCAGGGUCAUAACUAUCCAUUUUAAUUGUUUUAUGACAGUUAUGAUUAAGAAUGCAUGAGUGCAUUUGACAGUGAGUACUGUAACUUGUAUUUGUUUGGUAGGUCUUUUUAUUCAGUGCAAUCUACAAAAAGAAUGCUACAAUGCAAGCAGUUCAUAAGGAGAAUAAGUAACAUAAGUGCAGCCAUACAAAGUUUCAAAGUUGGCCAUGUACCAACUAGUUAUGAAAUGUAGGUGUAAAAGAGUACAGUACAGGGUAUUCUUUUGAAUACUUAAGUAGGGGAGAGUGUGUUGGAGUGGGAGUGUGUUAAAGAGUAGAAGUGAGAAAGUAUGGGUUUGGUGCAAGUUGCAGAAAUUGGAAAUCAAAGAGGGAAUCGAUGGAAAAUAGCCUGACAUUGUAUGCAGUGUUAUUUAGCUAAAACUUUAUUUUCCAGAAGUGCUUUGUUUCUCAAAAAGUCAAAAGAAAAAGUUUGAAAAGUUUACACUAUAUUGGUCAAACGUUUGGAAUAAUUAAGCUAUUUUAAUAGCUCAUGUCUUUGAAAAAGUCUCUUAUGCUCAUGUAAAACAGUAAUAAUGUGAAUAUUAUUACAAUUUUAAAUAACUAUAUUUUAUUAUAUUUUAUAAUGACAUUUUUUUCUGUGACAGAAAAGCUACAUUUUCAGCACCCAUUACUUUAGUCUUCAGUGUCACAUGAUCCUUCAGAAAGCAUUCUAAUAUGCUGAUUUGGUGCUCAAAAAACCUAUACAAGUAAGAUUUAAAAAAUGAAAUUAAUACUUUUACUUCUCAGGGAUGCAUUCAAUUGUUCAAAAGUGACAGUAAAAACAUUUAUAAUGUUAUUAAAUAUUUAUAUAUCAAAUAAAUGCUGUUCUUUCGCACUUUCAAUUGAAUAUUUCGUGUAUUUCAAGUGUAUAUUUUGUAUUUUAUUCAUGAGAUGCACUACCAGUCUAAAGUUUUUGGACAGUAAGAUUUUUAAAGUUUUUUUUAAUUUUUAUUUUUUUACUAAAGAAAUCUUCUGCUCAACCAGCCUGCAUUUAUUUGAUCCAAAGUACAGCAAAACAGUACAAUUGGUUUUUUUACUAUUUAAAAUAACUCUUUUCUAUUUGAAUAUAUUUUAAAAUAUAAUUUAUUCCAGUGAAUUCAAAGCUGAUUUUUAGCAUCAUUACUCCAGUCACAUGAUCCUUCAGAAAUCAUUCUAAUAUUCUUAUUUGCUGCUCAAAAAA